GUUUCUGAAAUCGCGAAUAUGCGUUAGUCGUAUUUCAUCAUGUGCAACUCGAAGAUGCAUGCAAUCUUUGCACUGAUAGUAUUGUUGGUCUCAACGAGUUUAGGAUAUAAAAAUCCAAAUUAUGAAGAAAAUCGUCGAACGAUGGUUCAUCUUUUCGAAUGGAAAUUCGCAGAUAUAGCUGAUGAGUGCGAGAGAUUUCUUGGACCAAUGGGAUACGCUGCAGUUCAGGUAUCUCCUGUUCAAGAAAAUUUAAUAAUUUCAAAGAGACCAUGGUACGAACGUUAUCAAACGAUGUCGUACAAAAUCGAGACGAGGUCUGGCAACGAGAGACUGUUCAAACAAAUGGUCAGACGUUGCAACAAAGUGGGGGUAAGAAUUUUCGUAGACGUAAUAUUGAACCACAUGACCUCAAAUAAGAUACCGGCAAUUGGAACCGGAGGCUCAACGGCUCUGACUACGGACAAGGAAUAUCCAGCUGUUCCUUACAGUAAGGUGCAUUUUCAUAAAACGUGUGCACUCAAAGACUACAGCAAUGCUACGGAAGUACGCGAAUGCGAACUACUCAGUCUUCACGAUCUGGACCAAAGACAGGAAUACGUUAGGCAAAAGAUGGUCAAUUUUUUGAACAGCCUGAUCGACGCCGGUGUCGCUGGUUUUCGUAUCGACGCGGCGAAACACAUGUAUCCGGAGGAUUUGGAGAUCAUAUAUGGUAGAUUGAAAGAUUUGAUACCAGGUCAGGGUUUCCCGAAAAAAUCAAGGCCUUUCGUUUAUCAGGAAGUCAUUGACCUUGGCGGUGAGUCGGUAAAGAAGUCAGAUUAUAAUAAGACUGCUACGGUUGUCGAAUUUCUGUUCGGUCGAAUUUUGGGAGAUGCGUUUCGCGGAAUUAGACAGCUGAGAGAAUUGGAAACUUGGGGUGACUCCUUGUGGGGAUUGUUGCCAUCCCGGGAUGCUGUUGUCAUGAUUGACAAUCAUGACAAUCAACGCGGUCAUGGCGCUGGUGGAAGUUCGAUUCUAACCUAUAAAACUCCUAAGCAAUACAAGAUGGCCGUGGCCUUUAUGUUAGCUCAUCCCUACGGAUUUGCCAGAGUAAUGAGUUCGUUUGAUUUUAAUGAUACCAAUGCUGGACCACCGAACGAUUCUCAAGAAAAUAUAUUAUCUCCAAUUAUAAAUACCGGUGGUACUUGUACUAAUGGAUGGGUGUGUGAGCACAGAUGGCCACAAAUUUAUAACAUGGUUGCCUUCCGAAAUGUCGUUGCUGAUGCAGCCAUUACCAACUGGUGGACCAAUGAUGAUGAUCAGGUAGCAUUUUCAAGGGGCAAUAAAGGAUUCGUAGCUUUUAAUAACGGAAAUACAGCUUUGCGACGUUGGUUGACCACGGGAUUAUCAGCCGGACGGUAUUGUGACGUUAUUUCCGGAAUGCUCAGCGGUGGACGCUGUACCGGGAAGACCAUUGACGUUAACGAGAACAGCCUGGCACUUAUUGAGAUACUUCCAAAUGACCUUGAUGGAGUUGUUGCGAUUCAUGGCAAGGCCAAAUUAUGAACUCCUGGGAUCCCAUACAAGUUGAAGAGAAAUCGUGAAAAUUUUAAUGCCAGCAUCGGCCAAUCUAGCAACUUGCUUUAUUUCUGCAAUAAUAAACACGAUUUUAUUGAGAAUACGGUUAAUUACUCAUUCACUUGUACGGAUCCUUUGUUAUGUUUUAAUAAACAUUCUAAUAGGUGGAUCUAGAUGAAUUUGAGUUUGUUACCUAUCACCAAUUCACUUUUUAAUUUUGACAAUUGUUCCUGUCAUGAUUAUAGGUAAUUGAUUUAAAUUUAUUGCUAGCGCUAAAUAGAUUGUGUAUUAUAAAAAUAUUAUUAGAGAAUACUGCAUAAUCAACAUUUUUGAGUUAGGAUAAGUCAUUGAAAAAAUGUAAGUAAUGCAUAACCUGAAAAUAAAUUUCUAAAAAUUCCCACAA